AUGGGGGCAGGGGUGCAGGUGGGCGACGCCCCUGCCCAAGAGGCCCUGACAAGCCGAGCCCUGGCUUCUAACCCUGGGAUCUUGUGUGUGCAGGUUAUGAGCAUUAAAGAAAUACAAAUCAAGCACGGGGAGUCCAUCCGAUUGCAGGGCUAUGUGACCUCUAACCCCAAGAGCUUCACAUUGAACCUGGGCCAAGACAGAAACCUUCUGGUCCUGCACUUCAACCCUCGCUUCCAGGAGUCCGGAGGCGUCAUCGUGUGCAACAGCCGGAGCCAGGGUUCCUGGGGCAUUGAGCACCGGGAGAGCAUCUUCCCCUUCGAGGCGGACUGUAGCACGGAGGUGUUCGUCACCUUCGACAAGAGUGACCUGACCAUCAAGCUCUCUGAUGGGUACUCAUUCAAGUUUGCCAAUCGCCUCGGCAUGGAGGUCAUCACCUUCAUUGAGGUCCACGGCGACUUUAAGGUCACUGGCCUGAGCUUCGAGUGA